UGGAAUGCCGAAAGGCUGACUCCAAGGCAGCCUGCUGCGCCCCUGGCCUCCCCUGAGCCUCAUCACAUAGGACCCGGGGCACAAAUCACACCCCACCAGGUGGGGUGUCCACGCCCCAUCCUGUGGGGAGACCUGCAGGUCACAACCCAGGACCAAUGUCCACCCCACUGGGACUCUCAGCUCCCAUGCCCCCUCCCACCACCUGGCAGAGGUCACACCCCAGGGCUGGCCUCGCUCUGUCCUCAGAGAAGCCCAGAGGAACCGAGAGGCGGUGGGGGUGGCUUCCUUCCUCAUCCGUCACAGAGAUCAUAGCUCCUGUCCCCGGGCUGAGCCUGGGUCACACAGCUCGCUGUGCCUGCUGACGGAGCUGGGAGCCCAACGCCAGCAUGAGCCCGGGGGUCCGUGUGCUGAGAGCCCUGCUCUUCCUCCUGGAGAACUACCUUUAAUCCUGGUCCGAGGAUGGCACACUUUCUUGGCUCUCUUCACCUAAGGAUGUGUUCAUCUCCUCUGUUUCCCAAAGGACAGUUAUAGUGGACGUGGAGUUUGAAUGUUUGCUCUUCUUUUAGGUCUCUAUGUCUUCUGGGGUCGGAGGAGCUCGGGUACUGGCCACUGGCGAGUCUGCAGAGGCUGAGGUUGAUUUCAAAUAUGCCCUCAUCGGGACUGCGCUGGGUGUCGCCAUCUGUGUGGGCUUCCUGGUGUUGAAGAUCUGCAUGAUCCGGAAGCACCUGUCAGACCAGGACUCUGCGGAGCUGCGGAGCACAGCCCGGGGCGUCACUGACCCAUUUGUGCAGAGGAAGAAGAGGAGUUUGUCGAUGAGGCUGCCGCAGAGGGGACACGGCACAUCCCGUCCUGUACUUCGACAGCACAGGACGCCAGGCCCUCUCACUGCUGGUGACACUGAGUUUGGUGGUGCAGCUGAGGAAGUGACUGUCGCAGAUUAGCGGACAGAGAGCUGGCACGUGAGGCCAUGCGGAUCCUCAGGAUGUUUUCAUUCAAACGCCCAAGGCUCGCAAUGGAACCCCAGGGGGACUCUGCGUGGGCAGCAAAUGACCGAGCCAAAGGACUCUAAUCCACAGUGCCUCUGCCCUGCCAAAAGAGACCACUCCUCCUCUGCAAGAAGCUGGCUCCCCACACAGGGAGGAUGUUAGCCAGCUGUGGGCUAAAAUGGGAACCAGCAAACCCACAGCCCUGACCUGGUGCUCCUGCUGGAGCUGUUCCUGGAUCUGCCCCUGCAAUGGCUUAUGGGAAUGGGACCCUAACAAGCCAUGGCUUCCUUAGCACCCCAUCUUAGCAGCCUUACGCAGCUCUUUCCGUAAACGCUGGCCUAUCCUUUGUAACUGCCAGGACCCACAUUGCAGAGGGAGCCUGUGCACAGUGAGGGGGACAGGGACCCUGGGAGCCAGGCUCCAGCACUGUCCCUGGGCCACAGUUGCGGAGAGGGAAGGGCAGCCUGGUCAGCGUGAGCGCAGGGGCCCUUGGCAGCCCGGUUCUGGCCUGUGGCUCUCAGCUCCUCAAGGGGAGGAACAACAAAGCAUCGAGUAAGAAAGCAGAUGCAUGCUCGUGCUGAGCUCUGCAAGGCAAGCUACUGUCACCCUCCUGCCACAGUGCCGCGCAGACGGUCACAUGUAUGUGACAUAUGCACAGAGAUCAUGAUCGGCAGGGGCCCAGGAAACCUCCAUCAUCUCUCCUUGUCCUUGGUCUGAGGCUUCUCUUGCCUGUGUCACCAAACUCACAUUUCUAGGGCUGCAUGCCGGAGGCCUCUUCCCUCUGCAGAGGCCCGGGUGGCUGUGUACGCUGCUUCUCCUCGGAUAGGUGCCCUCCUUGUGCAGGACACCAGGCGAGCUACAUUUCAAAACUAGACGCUGUUUUAGAAUCAUCUGCCUGGAUUCCCAGGGCAUCUUUUACCUGACUGGAUAACAAUGUUCUUCAUUAGCAGCCUUUGUUAACUGAUAACCCGGAGCAGUAACAUGGUGCUCCAGCAAUUGUCCAUGCAUAAGAUAGAAUAAAUCAUCUUGUAAGGGA